UUUCAUGCAAAUUUCAGAAUCAUAGACGUUUUGCAACCGUUCAUCAACUAUGCAUUUGCUGUAACCUAUUACUGCACAAUGGCCCUCGUUGCUAUCUUGGUAUAUGUGCUCAUCCGAGAUGGGUCUAUAACCAAUGCUCUGCUGUCCGCGUCAACCGCAAUGUCCUACGUUUUGGAAUGCUACUGGUGGUGCUAUUUGAUUGAUUCACUGCAAGUUCAAGUGAGUUUUUUUUGUCUAGUUUGUGGAAUGUCAGAUCAACUCUUGAAAUUUGAAAUUUUGCAGGCAGUCGGCAUUGCUGACUUGGUAAAUGGUGUUAUAUUCGAGCUGUCACGUCUAGCGGAGAACCACUCUGAGUACGUGCAGAUGCGUACUUCACUCAUGAUCAUCCAAAUCUACGCGUCCACGAACAGCGAAUGGUUCAGUUGUGCGGGAGUUUUUCCUGUGUCUAUCGAGGCUUUCAAGAAUUUGUGCAAUAUAAUUUACUCAUUGAUUACGUUUUUACUUAAUAUGCAAUAA